AUUUCCAAACACAGACACGUAUUUAUCUGCCCUCUGACUUGUGUCUCUUGCCCUUUGACCUCACAGCUGUGCCGAUUUACCACUCCUGUGCCCCACCUCGCUGUCUAUUCUGGCAUCACUGACCCCCCCUCCGCCAACGCCUCGCCCUCUCUUCCCUUUUUGGCCCACACCCCAGCCUGUCCGUCCCCCAUCAGCGUGGCCUUAGACAGCACCUCUGAGCGGCGAGCAGAAGCCAGUGAGGGGGAAAGUGAAGGGAACCCUGAGGCCCGAGCAUCUGCAGGAGGGAACGUGUCCAAGUCUCGCAUGGCUCUAUCCCUGCGUCGUCUACUCAAGCGAGGCUGCACUCCCUCCUCUAUGUUUGCCAGCUUGUCACCUAAAUGUAAUUCAGCUGCCGGGACAAGCAGCCGCAUACAGCCAAUCAGCCCAGAUGAACCUAGUCAGGCUCCGCCCAGACGGAUUGGCAACUUUUUUCAGAUCAAAGUGGAUAUUCCUCCAGAGUGCCGCAUCUACCCCAUUGAGUCUGAGGAUGAGGAUGAGGAGAACAGAGCUAUCUCUCGGGAAAGAGUGGGAACCAAAGAGAUCAUCUGCCCUUGGGAGAGCCUCACUCCACAGAAUGGGACAGGCUAAUACACUGGAAUUACACAGGUAUAAAAUGGUGGGACCAGACCAUAAUGUAUAACAUAAAUUCGAUCAACAAGAGGACAGACCGACAGUACUCUUUCUGGGAUACUCUAAAAAUGGCUGUCUAGAGUGGACCAAACAUUAACUUGCUGCACCUGCCUGCCUGUUGGCUUGAAAUGCUCCAUUGUCACACAUGUUGCAGCAUAAUCCUAAUUUCACUGUCCAUGCUCAGAACUUUCAAAACAUUUUGUUUUUAACAAUAUGGCUCAGUACACAGAGUUUAUGCAGGCGUGGUUAUGUCCAUAUAUAGCAAAUAAUGGUCUGAAGAGUGUUUUAAAGCCUUCUUUAUGCUACCGUCACAUCAAGAAAACCAAAACUUGCAACCUUGUUGUCACUGAAAUGGUUGCUUCAAAGACCGAGACCACAUCUUACAGUCAGGUUUCACCUUCAAACCAAGUUUGGUACAUCAAGGCAAUGAUUAAACAGCAACAUGAUGAGUCAGACUGUUGUCUAUCUGCUAUCUGUGACUGAAUAAGUUUAAUGACAGCAAAAAAGCUGUUUGUGAUGAUAUGGUAAUUAACUUUGAUAAAUUGGCAAAAAUUGUAACUGUUGCCCUCUGUUGCAAAUUUGUUGCCAUCUGCAUAAACAGAAACUCACAUUAAUCAGAAAUUCACAUUUACUACACACAUUCUGACUCCACCCAGAACCUCAUAGAUUUGAAACCGAAAUUCUUCAACAAAAAGUCCCGUAGUUGCAGCAGGACGGUUAUUUAACUGCAAAAUAACACUGUUGCUUGGCAACCUUCCUUUUUGUAUAGGAAUAUUGUCCUGAGAAUGGAAUCUUUCAGUUUAACCCUCUCCAGGCAGGUGUUGCCGAUUUGCAACAGUUAAAAACUAACAACCUGAUUACCCCACAUACAUAUUUUAUGAGUUUUUUUUUACUCAGAAGUACCACUGCAGGACUUGGUUGUGCAUUAGCAACAAAAACUUAAUUUGAGCCUGAGAGGGUUAAUAUGUUUUGUGAUUUGGGUGUUCUCUACAGAGGACAUAAAUAAAUGAGCUGAGCCUCAGGAGGAAAUGACCAGAAUAGAUCUGGCAAUGAGUUUGUUCGAGUCCACAGAGAACUUGUACUCAUUGACUUAGACGUACUCAGAUUGAUUGCAGUGUGUUAGAAAUCUGUCUGAGAGUGAUUGCAAUCAGUCCGAGUUGGACCGUGAUUGUUUGGAGACAGGUUGCCUCCCAUCAGGUGACCUGCACAGCUGUCUUGCAAUUCCCAGUAUUCUCCCACAGGCUGAAAGUGUUACACUCUGGGUAACCAGGUGCAAUCGGUUACUAAAUGUGAAGAAAAUUCAUUGUGCAAUCACAGAUUUUUUUAGCGGCAAGGAGGUUGUCAUCCUAUUUUAUACUCAAGUAUGACUGAGCCAUUACACAUUCUGGAAAAUAAUGAAACCUAUAAAAAGUAGUAGUAUUUGUAUUUGUAUUUGUUAUAUAUUUGCAUAGAAAACACUGUGGAUACAAAACACGAGUCCAAGCCAACAGGCAGAAAAUGUCUUAACACUCAAAAUCUAGAUUUUGCUGGAGUAUUCCUUUAACUACAGCCUUAUAUUCACCAACCCUUACUAAUGUGAGCACCAGCUGAGCCCUGUAUUUAGGAUAGAGGUGUAGUUUGGGCAGAGGCUGCUCCACAUGGAGAACAGGGUGAGCGCUUUCAAAACAUGAGCCGUAGCUUUCAUACCCAAGCCUCAUUCUGUACCUGCUGAUGAACUGUAGCCCAACAGCAGCCUUAUCCACCUCCACACACUGGAGAUAUUUUGCUAUGUUUGGUUUGUUGUUGGAAGUUUUUACUAAGCGGGCAUCUACACAUACUUCCUUAGAGCCAAGUGGACGGGAAAACAAAACAGCACGAAUAAAAAGAGAUAAACUGAAGUAUUUUUGUGAUUGCCAAGGACCAUAAGUACCACCAGUAGUUCUCAAGAAGUACAUGUUUACAUCCUAGAGUGUGAUAAUCCAAAGCAGACAUCUGUAGACUCUGCUUCCACACACGCCUGCUAACUGAUAAUGUACCUAUAUAUCUAUUAAAGUCGAGAUGUGUUCUUGUGAUGCGAAAUAGACUUAGAUGCCUGAACCCUAGUUUACUUACCUCUUAUGCACAUGUGAAAUGACCAAAUAGAUGCGUUUCAGGUCAAAUGAGAGCACAUGAGCAGCUUGUCUACAUGCUACUAUUUUUGCUGAUCCACUCCUGUGAGAUGUACGCUCUUCAUGCAUGAAGGGUUACUUUAAAGGGAGUCGGUCAGUAGUUUUUGUAUUUGACUCCACUGCUGUUUUGUACACUUUGUGUAGCUGUUGUGUACUGUACACUACUCUGAGUGAGGUGUUGAUAUUUUCCCCCUCACAAGUCUCUCCUGUAUGAGGGACAACAUGGACUUACUGUCUGAAUGUAUUAUCUUUCUCAUGUUUACAGAUGCAAGAAUGUGAAAAAGACCUUAAAUUUGUUGUAUUUGAUAUGUACAUUCCAUGGCUUGUGUCAAGUGCCUCAAUAAAUGA